AUUCUUCACGUUCUUUCAAACUUCUUUCAUAUAAGGUUAUUGCCAUCUUCCAGAAGACAUAUUCCUGUAGUUGUUUAAUACAAAUUUCGAUCACAUACUAUCCUUACCUUCAGCACGACAGUCAUUUCGGCUUUCACCAUGCAGUACAAGACCCUUUCCUUGCUCCUUCUGACUGCCACUGCCCUGGCUGCACCAGAGGCCAGGCCCGACGCCGCCCCCGAGGCUGCUCCUGAAGCCGCUCCCGAAGCUUCUCCAGAAGAUGUCGGCAAGAGACAGUAUGACUACUACUCGAGCCUCAUGAACGAGCUGAACAGCUUGGCUGACACCAACAACUGGGACAAGUUCUUGACCAACACUGACUACAACCAAUACUUGACCAACACCGACUACAACCAAUACCUGACCAACACCGACUUUGGCGGUUUCCCAACCAAUACCGCCGCUGGCAACGUUCCUACAAACACCAAGCUAGGCGGCGUCCCGACUGACCUGGGAGGUCUCGGCUCCUUCUCCGCGCCAACCGCCGCCUUCACCUACGACGGCAUGCCUCCUCCGUCCAUUGCCUCUGUGCUCAUCACUGCUGUUCCUUCCUCAUACAUGUCUCAGCUGGCCAACCCCAGCGUUCGCUCAUCCCUUAUCCACGAUAUCCAACAGGGUCACUACCCUGCCUGGUACACCGACCUGCCUAACAGCGUCAAGCAGUGGAUCUCGACCAACUAUGCUUCCAUGACUGGUGCCGCAGCAACGGCCACCGGCAACUCGGGCUCUGGGUCUGGAUCUGGAUCCAAGGGAUCUGAUUCUCAGGGCUCUGCGUCGAGCUCCAGCUCACAAGGCGCUGCUGCUGCUGCUCCUGCUGCCACUGGUGCCAUUGCCGCUAGCAUUGCGGGUGCUGCUGGUAUCCUUGGUCUUGCCAUGGCUCUGUAGGUUGAUUAACAUAGAGAGUUGACUGGUUGGACAAUGCUUAUGCUUCGUUAUCGAUGAUAUUGAACUGGUUGAUAUGUUUAGUGAUGUUUAAUUCUUGGAAAUAAUACCUUAAUGUCAGAUUAACCGUUGCGACG